AUGGCGGAUUUCUGCAAGGACAAAGGCAUCCGACUCGACCUCGCAUCAGUCGCACACCCCGAGUCAAAUGGACAAGCGGAAAGAGCAAACCAGAGCAUCCUCCACGGACUCAAGCCGCGACUAAUGGUGCCUCUGGAGCGCGCAGCCGACUGCUGGGCAGAAGAACUCCCCUCCGUGCUGUGGGGCAUUCACACAACACCAAACAGGUCGACCGGCUUCACGCCCUUCUUUCUGGUAUACGGUGCCGAGGCGGUCAUGCCCACGGACAUUGCUUACGACUCGCCACGGGUCACCAACUACGCCGAAGACGAUAACGAGCGCGCUCGCCAAGACGACAUUGACCUCCUCGACGAGGGGAUCUCGUGCUCCGGCUAA